AUGGCGUCCCAACCGCCAGUCAAACGACCCCCUCCGGCGCCGUCAAACCCAGUUCUUCUCGCGGCUCAAAAACAAUGGCUGUUCACGGACGAGGAGCUCACCCGCUCGCCAUCGCAGCUUAGCGGCAUGACGGUGGAAAACGAGAACUUGCACCGGAGCAAAGGAGUCAACUUCAUCACUCAAGUUGGAAUCAUGUUGAAGUUGCCGCAGCCUACCCUCGCGACAGCCGCAGUUUACCUCCAUCGCUUCUUCAUGCGAUAUGCGAUAGCCGACAAGCCGGAGCGACCGGGAAUCCACCCGUACCCCAUUGCCGCUACAUCCCUUUUUUUAGCUACAAAAGUGGAGGAGAAUGUCCGGAGGAUGAAAGAGCUGGUGAUAGCCGUCUGCCGGGUUGCACAGAAAAAGCCGGAUCUGGUUGUGGAUGAGCAAUCCAAAGAGUUUUGGAAGUGGCGCGAUACCAUCCUUCACCACGAAGACAUUCUGCUCGAAGCGCUAUGCUUCGAUCUGCAGCUCGAACAGCCAUAUAGGAUCCUCUACGAUUUUAUCUGUUUCUUCCGCGUCAACGACAACAAGCAUAUUCGCAAUUCAUCCUGGGCUUUUCUCAACGAUUCCAUGUACACGGUUCUUUGCCUCCAGUUUCCAGCCCGCGUUAUCGCUGCUGCUGCCUUUUAUGCAGCCGCUAGCCACUGUGAUAUUGGAUUUGAGGAUGAUGAAUUCGGCCGAUCCUGGUGGGAGCAGAUCGACGUUGAUAUAGCACAGGUUCGCCGCGCAUGCACCCGGAUGGCAGAGCUAUACGAAAGCAAUUCGCAACAUAGACACAGCCAGUACUACCCACCCGUUCCAUUAGCUUGGAAAGAAGGUGCUGAAAAGACCAGGAUUCCGCGUCCUGGUGGCUCACUCGACGCACCACCAGACCCAAGCUCCAGGAAGCGCUCGCGGGAGCCAGAGGACAGUUCAAAAAGCAGCCAGCAACCCUCACAGGACACCGCAUCCUUGAAAAAAGAGGAAGCCUCUCAGAACGGGGCCCGCUCGCCAAAACGGCCCCGAGUAGGUUCAGACGCAGAUCAACCUCGCUCUGCCGCAGGGUCACUGCCGCAAGGCGGGACGCAUCCACACCCUCCUACAACAUCACCACAAUCGCCGCAAGCGUCUUCAUCCUUUUCCCACGACCGCCCGCCAAACGGUCACCACGCUCAUCAAUCCCAACGCUACCAACACCCACUCCCAUCCGCACCUCGAACAACAUUCCCGCCGCGCCGAAAUAGCGAAACUAAAAACGUCGAUACCAUUCAGCAACGCAUCGAUCAGAUCGUGCAACAAAACUCUGUACCUCCCAAACGCGCCACCGCCGACAAAUAUAGGGAACGGGAUCGAGAUGACGAGGACGCUUAUCAGAAACGAAGACCCUCGUAUUCUUCCUCUACCAGAAAUGAGCACCCGCCACCUCCACCACCUGAACAUCGUCAGCAACCUCCUCCGCCGCCGCCUCCGGAACCAGAGCCGGAUGAUGAGGGUGGUGGAAGUGAAGAAGGGGAAUUGUAG